ACCCCCGGUGAGUCGCCAAAGCGCGGAGCGAGUCAUUGCACGGUUAGACUGUCCCCCGCCAAUGUGGUAAACCGCUUAACCGGGUGAACCGCCACACUUCACAAGAUGAGUGAUCCGGGGGAGAACGCCCAGGCGACCCCGUCCGACGAGGAGUCCAGCGACUCGUACUACAAGUCAAAAUUUAAGUUCAAAAAAAAUUCAAUAGAAAUAAAAAAAAAAAGUUUGUUAAAGGACAAAAUAAAGAAGGUAGACAUCGAGCGGAUCAUCAGAAGCGACCCCAUCCUCAGCAAAAUCAACAGGCCGCCCGAAACUGAGGGGGAGGUCUUUUGCCUCGCCACGGGCAGUGAGAAUUCGAAAGGUCAGCCGAGCAGUCCCCCUGACACCGCCGCUCAAAAUGCAAAGAAGCCUAAAAACAGCAGCGUCGUCUACUUCAAAGAACCCACGCUCACACACAAAGAAAUAAACCUCCACGAUGGCAAAGAUGCGAAAACGGACAAACGGGAACAUCCAAACGGAACAGAUGAAAGUGCUCCACUAAAAAAUAAAUGCCUCCCUACCAGUGGCGGCAUGAAAAAAAGCUUCCUUUCGUCUGGAAAAAAUAAAAAUAAAAAAAAAAUUACAAGUGGAAUCCUCAACGAUGCGUACAGCUUGGACGGGGUGAAGUCUCCACCGGGGAAUGCUCCGAGGGGUCACAUAGGCAAACCCGCCACAAAGGAUGACGAAACGAAAAAGAAGGAGUUGUCUCCUCUCGCCAUUAUUAAGAAGCACGGUCGACUGGCCAACCAAAUCGACGAAAUCCACACCAGCAACGGUGAAGAAAUAGAACACCUCCGCAGCGAAUAUGCCUCGAUCAAAAAUGACCUCCACAAAAUUAUGAGCAUAAUGAAUGUGGGUCAGCGGGCCGUUUCUUCUUUGAAGUGA